AUGCAAGAAAAAAUACUAUUUGAAAAGUUUUAUUCUGAAAUCAAUGCAUUGAGAUUUCAUUUUGAUGUAUUAGAUUCAACACAAUUAUACUGUAAAAGAAAUAUGCAAUUAUUUAUUGAAACUGGCAAAUUGAAGGACGACAAUAUGAUUAUUGUUAGUUGUAAUUCUCAAACAAAUGGAAUAGGAACAAGAGACACAAAAAAGAAUAUUAAUAGAUUUUGGCUAUCUAAAGAAGGAAAUAUAUUUGCAACCUUUGUUUUCUUAUGGGAUAAAAGAGAUAUAAAUAAAGUGAGUUGUUUAGCACAAACAUCUACUGUAGCUAUUAGUAAAACUUUAGAAUAUUUUCAUUUAAUAACUCAAAUUAAAUGGAUAAAUGAUGUUUUAAUUAAUAAUAAAAAAAUUUCAGGUUGUCUUGUUAACUUAUAUCAUUUUGAUGAUGAUAUAUUAUCAAAAAAUUAUGUUUGUAUUAUGGUUGGUAUAGGUAUUAAUGUAGACUUGCGAGAUGAUAAAAAUUUAUUAAGUAAUAAUUAUACAUCAAUUAAAAAAGAAUUAGAACAGGAUUUCGAUGUUCCCAGCUUGAUCCCUUCUGUAGAAGAUGUAAUGCAAAAAUUAAUAGAGAAUUUUCAUGCAUCUAUUAAAAAGUUACGUAAUGAAGGAUUUUCUGCAUUUUUAGAUUAUAUAAAAAUUCGACUUUUAUAUUAUGAAAAAAAAAUUUUAAUAGAUCAAGAUAAUAGACAAAUAACUGGAUACUUAAAAGGAUUACUUGAUGAUGGUUCCAUCUUAUUAUUAAAUGAAAAUAAUCAAAUUAUUAAUAUAAAUAAUGGUCAUUUGUAUCUUAAUGAAGGUAACUAA